CCGCACUGUACCUUAGGCUAACCGGAUUUCACUCAGGUGUUUUCGGAUUCAAAAUGUACAAACUAUCAGAAAUUACAUAAAAAUCGUAAAAAUGACGAAGAAAAGUCUUCUUACAGUAACUUGCCUUCACUUUACUGUUUUCGUUCUGUCAAUUAUCUCUGUAAAUGCUCAGUAUCACGUCCUCGUCAGAACAGAACAUGGAGAGGUUGAAGGGUUCACAGUCAGAUCUCAGUAUGAGGCGUAUGACAGGCGAAGGGUUAACGUCUUCCUUGGAGUGCCAUACGCUAAGCAGCCAACACAGUACCAGGACUGGAGAAGGGAAUUCCGAUUCAACAAACCAGAGAAGCCUUCUUGGACUGGGACUUGGAAGGCAGACAAGUAUGGCCCAGCGUGUCCCCAGCUGCCAUGGUUUGUGAAGCAGACAGUUCCCAGCUUCAGCCGUGCAGCGACCAGCGAGGACUGCCUCUACAUGAACAUCUUUACCCCCAAUGCGACAGAUGAACAGCCAGUCGCAAAUCCUAACCUGUUUCCAGUGAUGGUGUUUAUCCACGGGGGAGGGUGGACAAUGGGGGCCUCCCAACAGUACCCAGGGAUCUUCCUAGCUGAACGCAGGGUUGUUGUCGUUACAUUCAACUACAGGCUUAAUGCUCUGGGAUUCCUGAGCACAGCCGAUCAAUAUUCCCCGGGUAACUAUGGUUUGUGGGACCAACACAGAGCCCUGGAAUUUGUGAAAGAGAACAUUCGCAGUUUCCGUGGUAAUCCUAACAUGGUGACCAUAUUUGGUCACAGUACUGGAGCUGCAAGUGUGGGCCUACAUUUACUGUCUCCAAGAUCCUACAAUUUGUUCCAUCAGGCCAUUAUGAUGUCAGGUUCUGAUCGAACCCAGUGGGCCGUUCUGCCGAGCAGUGACGAUGCAAGUUAUUAUGCCUCGGAGCUUGCUCGUGAGACAGGGUGUCCACCCAAUGAUAAUUAUCGGUUGAUCAGGUGUCUGCAGGAAUACCGCAGUGCCGAUGAGAUUGUGAAUGCCUCAGCUAGGGUCAGGGUUAGGGAGGGUACGGUAGGGAGCCCAUGGAGUCCAGUUGUUGAUGGCCCAUUCCAGGGCUCACAGUAUGCCUUUAUGACCGACCAGCCCAGAGAUAUGCGUUCACAGGGACGUUUCCAGAAGCUACGAGUCAUGGGAGGACUCACCAAGGAUGAUGGAUCAUAUUUUAUACCAAACAUGCCAUCACUCCAAGAGGGCCUAUCACCAACUCAAUUUGACAACAUCCUGCUGGAGUUCCUGCGUGACCAGAAUGUGAAGGACAUGGUGAACGCCCUGGAGGCUCUCCGGUUCGAGUACUCGUAUUGGCCACAACGCAGCAACUACUCCUGGGUACGCCAGGAGAUGAUGGAUAUGAUGUCAGACUACCUGUUUGGUACAGGGAUGGACGAGACACUGCGUUCCCAAAAUCUCUACAACAGAACCUAUAUGUAUCUUUUUAACUACAAGUCAAGAUACGACUAUGUCCCGACCUGGAGAGGUGUUGCCCAUGGUCAGGAGCUGCAGUACGUGUUUGGUUACCCGUUCAUCAACCAGACAUACAGGGACCUGUUCGGAGUCUACCCACGUCAGGUGUACGACAUCGACUUCACGGACAGGAACAUCAGUGAAUACAUGAUCAGCCUCUUCACAAAUUUCUCCAACUCAGGGAACCCUACAGAUAGUAAAUACACAGUGAGCAACUUUGGUAACAUACCUUGGCUGGAGUAUAACCUACAAAACCACAGUUAUCUCGAGAUUGGAAACAAGACACAAAACAGGGUGAACUUUCGACAACGGCAAUAUGUCUUCUGGCGGGAAUAUUUCCUGUCUAUCACAAACAGGGGCCAAAUUCUAACCACCACCACAUCCAAACCGCUGUCAGAAAAUGAGUUCCAGAUUGCGACAUAUUCUGUCGGAGCGCUGGCCGCAGUUCUGCUCAUCAUUUGUAUAGCACUGACCAUCGUUAUAUGGAGAAUGAGACCCAAAGACUACUGAUCUACCAGUGAUAAACAUGCUACUUCAUACUCUCUGCAAACCUCCACAUACAGUUUAUGUGUUUCAUAGCUUCAGACUUUCCAUAAACCUGUGUAACUAACAAGUUUUGCUCGCCUUUGCCUAGAAUGAGGUCAAAUAACAUGGCUACUAUGGUGAAUUAGUGUUUAUGGACUGUAUAGAUAAAUUUUUGACUAUCCAUGGGUCCUGAAGUCAAAGUGUUUCAUGACAUUUGAGUGUAUGUAAACAUGUAACUGGAGUUUCCAUAUGUCAAAAUAUUCCUUAGAAUAGAGAGUGAGCUGUAGUAAUGUUAAAUUUACAACAGUUAGAUUUGAUCAUUAGAAUUAUUGUUAACAUUUACUUGAUUAUGAUGUACAAUGUACUUUGAUAAAGUUAAUACUAGAUCACUUUUUAAUGAGUGUACACAUUUAUUAGUGUACACAUUUAUUACAUGGCUGAUAAACAAUAACAACACACAGUAUAAUAGCUGUACCCUGUUAUAUGAAGAAAGAGACAUGGUGAAGUCCAAGAUGAAGAUGUAGAACAGUUACAGUGCCAUAAUAUAUAUCGAAUACCCUACCAUACACGUGUGCAUCAUAGUAGUGCUAACUCUUAAUGGUUCCAGUGUAGUAAUUUUUAGAGAUGCUGGACUUCUCCCAAUAAUAUGAUUGUAAAAUUUGGUGAAAUGAAAUGUUAAGGGGUUAAGCCUUUUGCAGUAUAAACAUAUCAUCAUCUGUUUAUUUCCAGGAUUUUAAGUCUCAGGUUGUUAUUCUUUCUCUAAAAUGUUGAAAACAUUGUAACUGUUGCUUUUUACUGUUGAAUCGCCACUAGCGGUUCAAGAUGGGGGUGCACAUGGCACCCUCUCCUAAUUUACUUUUAAUUGUAAUAUUGGAGAAAAGAGAAAUUAAAAAUGCCAUUUCGGACUAGAAAUUGUUUAAAUAGUCUUGGGGGAGGAGUAUAAACAAAAACAAUGCCCUUGAUGGCAUCCAUUGUUAAAGAAUCAGUUUAAUUGCAAUCCACUCAUGAAACUGUGAUUGUCAUAUGUAUAUGGUAGCUAGUUAUACAAUAUAAUAUCAACAACUCGUGGACACUCGGGGCAGACCUUAAAAGUGAUUGUCAUAUGUAUAUGGUAGCUAGUUAUACAAUAUAAUAUCAACAACUCGUGGACACUCGGGGCAGACCUUAAAAGUGAUUGUCAUAUGUAUAUGGUAGCUAGUUAUACAAUAUAAUAUCAACAACUCGUGGACACUCGGGGCAGACCUUAAAAGUGAUUGUCAUAUGUUUAUGGUAGCUAGUUAUACAAUAUAAUAUCGACAACUCGUGGACACUCGGGGCAGACCUUAAAAGUGAUUGUCAUAUGUUUAUGGUAGCUAGUUAUACAAUAUAAUAUCAACAACUCGUGGACACUCGGGGCAGACCUUAAAAGUGAUUGUCAUAUGUUUAUGGUAGCUAGUUAUACAAUAUAAUAUCAACAACUCGUGGACACUCGGGGCAGACCUUAAAAGUGAUUGUCAUAUGUUUAUGGUAGCUAGUUAUACAAUAUAAUAUCAACAACUCGUGGACACUCGGGGCAGACCUUAAAAGUGAUUGUCAUAUGUUUAUGGUAGCUAGUUAUACAAUAUAAUAUCAACAACUCGUGGACACUCGGGGCAGACCUUAAAAGUGAUUGUCAUAUGUAUAUGGUAGCUAGUUAUACAAUAUAAUAUCAACAACUCGUGGACACUCGGGGCAGACCUUAAAAGUGAUUGUCAUAUGUAUAUGGUAGCUAGUUAUACAAUAUAAUAUCGACAACUCGUGGACACUCGGGGCAGACCUUAAAAGUGAUUGUCAUAUGUAUAUGGUAGCUAGUUAUACAAUAUAAUAUCGACAACUCGUGGACACUCGGGGCAGACCUUAAAAGUGAUUGUCAUAUGUAUAUGGUAGCUAGUUAUACAAUAUAAUAUCAACAACUCGUGGACACUCGGGGCAGACCUUAAAAGUGAUUGUCAUAUGUAUAUGGUAGCUAGUUAUACAAUAUAAUAUCAACAACUCGUGGACACUCGGGGCAGACCUUAAAAGUGAUUGUCAUAUGUAUAUGGUAGCUAGUUAUACAAUAUAAUAUCAACAACUCGUGGACACUCGGGGCAGACCUUAAAAGUGAUUGUCAUAUGUAUAUGGUAGCUAGUUAUACAAUAUAAUAUCAACAACUCGUGGACACUCGGGGCAGACCUUAAAAGCUCGAGCUACCCAACGUUAUAUCUCUUUGCAAGAAUGCUAACAAAUUGGGCUUUUAAAUUUCACAUAUAUAUGCAUAAAUGUUGGACUACUACAGACAUGAGUUACUCUUGUUCCAUUUUGGUUUUGGAAAUUGAAUAUGAAUGUGGAAACGGCUGCUCACAUCGUUUGACAAAUAACUGGCUUUAAUUUUCACACUGUUCUUUCCAUACAUGUUUGUAAGUCUCAAUCAAUAUCCAUAUCUAUAAAUUCAUUGUUAUUCAUAUGUUUUAAUGAUCCAUACUCGCAUAUACUCACUGCUAACAUUCCAACACUGGAUCAUUGUACAUAGCCUUUUUAUAAUUACUUUCAUUUUAUAAUAUAUUAUUAAUCUUUCAUAUUAUUUUAAAUGUUCGUUUUCUAACUUUUAUUGAUACUUAGUAUCUGAGGUGGAAAUAUAUAUAUAUAAAGUAUAUAUAUAUAUAUAUAUAUAUAUACAAUCCAUCACCAAAUAUAUAUAUAUAUAUUAGUCGCAUUUGAGGUCAGUUUUUAAAAUUGUUAUCACCAUUUGUUAACGUUUAAGGCAUUUUAAAUACAUGUAUGUAAAUUCCACUAAUAUUUCAUUUUACAUUUUGGAUUCGGUUCCUUUUGCGUAAACAAAACAAUUUCAAUCAAUGGAGAUCGCAUGGUUGGGUUGCUAUGUACGCCAUUUUAAACGAUAUAAUCAGAUAAAUUCCAAGAGAAUAAUACAGAGAUACACUGUAUGAUUCAUAUCAUGCAAGGUUCGUGAUACAAAAAUAU